CUUUUUCAAAUACAAUCCCAUGAAGCCGUUACUACAAACCCUAAAUAACCUCAAAAAUAUCCAACGGUGGAUAUACAUAACGGGAAGACACGUGGUCGUCUAGGAUCACAAGCUUCAGAUAUUCAGAGUGGUAAAACAAAAUAAAUAAACAAACGCCUAUUGGCUCUCAAGUAUCAUCAAGUCGGCCUUUUUAUUCAAGUUUCGCGGCAACGCCUCUCUCUCUCUCUCUCUCUCUCUCUCUCUACAAUCCUUUCUCUCACCGAUCUAUCGAAGAGAUUCAACAACCGAUUCUCCUUGAGCUGCGUAAUCGAUAAAACCGGAAGAUGGGGCCCAGUAGGACGUCCAAGAGUGUGUACAAACGUUCCAACAAAGAAGCUUCUCCAGAGAAAGAGUUAAGGAACUCUAGCAAAACCAAGCCAAGAAAGAAGAGAUUGACUGAUAAGCUGGGACCUCAGUGGACGAAAGUAGAGCUUGAGCGUUUCUAUGAGGCCUAUAGGAAGCAUGGGAGAGACUGGAAGAAGGUAGCUGCUGUAGUAAGGAAUAACCGGUCUGUUGACAUGGUGGAAGCUCUUUUUAAUAUGAACCGGGCAUAUUUAUCUCUGCCCGAGGGAACUGCCUCUGUCGUUGGCCUCAUUGCAAUGAUGACUGAUCAUUACAGCGUCAUAGAGGAGAGCGAAAGUGAAGAAGAAGAAGAAGAAGAAGAAGAAGAAGAAGGCCAUGGUGCUUCGGUUAAAUAUCAGAAGCGCAAACUGGCUCAACUUUCGUCUAGUGAUUUUCGCCAAGAAGUUAUUCCACCACAUUCAGUUGCAUCAGCGGGAGGCUGCCUCCCAUUUCUGAAGCUGACACAAGCUUAUGGAAUAGAGCGGCGUGCCGCUGGUAAACGUACACCUCGGUUUCCUGUACCAAGUGAAUACGAGAGGGAAGAUAGAGAAGUUUCUAUGCCACCAAGUAAAAGAGCCAAGAAGCAACUUGAUGCCGAUGACGAUGAUACACUAGCGCUAGCAAUGGCAAAUGCAGCGAGAAGGGGAGAAGAAUCACAAUAUAGAAGAGCAGAAGUCAAUGGCAACACUUCAAAUGGAAAAAUGUCACAAGCAAAGGAAGCUCAAUCCAAGCACGGUGCUAGCUCCAUGGUUAGGAAUGUGGUGAGAAUAAGGCGAGACAGAAGGCAUAUAAAGGCAGCGCCUGGUGGAGCUUUGUUGGUGAAUACGGAAGGGGUUGGUACCGUGGAGGUUCCCCAGAAGGGGAAAAAUGUGAGACGCGAAGAAGCAGAAGGAGCUGCUUCUAAUGACAGCGGAGAAGCCGGCAGUGCCAAUGAGGGAUUCAAAUCUGGAGAUGAAUUUGAAGCACUGCAAGCAUUGGCUGCAUUGUCAGGUUUACUGUCUCCUGAUGGUUUAACGGAAUCAGAAUCAAAUCCACAGUUGAAAGAAGACAUAAUAGCUAAUAACGUGGAUGAGAAACCUCACACUCCGGAAACCUUUGUCAGAAGCUAUCAAAGACGAAAAUCAAAACAAGCAGGACCAGAAGACAGUCUUCCACAUGCAAUUUCACCUGCUAAUACUAGAAAACCAAAAUCUGCGCAGGAAACCAUUGAUGCUAAUGCUGGUUUCGUAGAGGAAGCUGGCACUUUAAAACGAAAACGUAAAACUCUACAUGAUAAGGAAUCGGCUAAAGAUGAUGAUUUGAAGACUAUGUUCAAAGCGAGACGUGCUGAUCAGAGUCCACCAAAGAAGCUGAGAACUGCAAAAACCGCGGAAGAAUCUUCUUCACCUAGUGAUAAGAAAAUAACUGAACCAGAUGCAGUAGUGUCAGCUACACAAGUUUCAGGUCCAGGUCCAGCGAGUUUGCCGCAGAGACCACCAAACAGGCGUAAGAUGAGUUUGAAGAAGAGUUUACGAGAGAGAGCUAAAAUUUCUGAAACCACUCAUGAGAAGCCACAUAGUUGCAAGAAAGAGUUAUUAAAGGAGCAAGUUUCUACUUGUCUGUCAUGUCCAUUGGUACGUAGAAGGUGCAUAUAUGAAUGGUUCUACAGUGCUAUUGACUACCCCUGGUUUGCAAAGAUGGAGUUCAUUGAUUUUCUAAAUCAUUUGGGGAUUGGUACUCCAAGACUUACUCGUCUUGAAUGGAGCGUCAUUAAAAGUUCUCUUGGUAGAACUCGGAGAUUCUCUGAGAAGUUCAUACAGGAAGAGCGGGAUAAACUCAAACAGUAUCGUGAAUCUGCGAGAAAGCAUUACACAGAGCUGCGUGCAGGUGCAAGGGAAGUGCUUCCUAGAGAUUUUGCUCAGCCUUUAUCAGUGGGGAACAGAGUCAUUGCCAUCCAUCCUAAAACACGUGAAGUUCGUGAUGGCAAGAUUCUUACUGUUGAUCAUAACAAGUGCAACGUUCUGUUUGAUGACUUGGGCGCCGACAUGGUUAUGGACAUUGAUAUCAUGCCUUUAAAUCCGUUGGAAUAUAUGCCAGACGGUCUGAUGAGGCAAAUCGAAAGCAAAGAAGCAGAGCUUAACAGACAACCAAGCUCUGAUAAAUCUGCUUUGUUCCCUCCUCCUGUACUUGAAAAUAUCGACUUCUCCAUGGUUCCUCCUAAGAAACAGGAUGAUAGGGACAAGCGAGUCACUACUGAUCAAUCAUAUAACAUAGCUAAUGACAACGCAAGACAAGGUGAAAACCAACGAGCUCUGAUGUUGGAGUAUGCUUCAGAUGCAGAGGAAAUGGGGCCAGAAAUGCUUGGAAUAGUUAGUGGUUCAAGGUCAAUAGCACAAGCAAUGGUGGAUGCAGCUAUGAAGGCUGCAUCUUUGGUAAAGGAUGACAAAGACAAAAGGAAUGUGGUUCUACAAGCUUUAGACUCAAUAGUGUCUGGUUUAAAGCAUCAAGGCCAAACCAAUGGCAGCUUUGAUCAUCAUCAUCAAAGCUGGUCUCCCUCAAACACUGAAGGUUUGAUGACUUCAGAGCUUAUCGCCUCUUGUCUUUCAACUUGGCUCAUGAUUCAGAGGUGCACAGAGAAGCAGUACCCACCAGCUGAUAUAGCUCAGGUGAUGGAGAUAGCAGUGAGAAGCUUGGAGCCAAGGUGUCCCCAGAACAUGCCCAUCUACAGAGAUAUUCAGACUUGUAUGGGGUGGAUCACGAAUCAAAUUAUGUGUCUUGUAAAACCCAUGAAAAUUUAACUUUUCGAGUUCUUUAUUUGUACUGUCUGGAUGGAUGGUAAAGGUUAGUUUAGUUUUAGUUAGGUAAUAACUGAACAGUUAAAUUCUUUUAUUGGGCCAGUUCGGGUUUUAAAGCCUUUGAAAUAAAAUUCACUCUCUUCUGAAA